GCCGCGUCCGGUAUAACAUACUCCUCGGUCACCAUGCCGAACGGUGUGAGCUACCGAAUCGCCCUUCCUAUCGACUCGCCCACUGCAGACGGUAUCGUGCAAAUCGUUGCGCCCAGCAAGUAUGGCUGGUGCGGAUUUGCAUGGGGAGGUCGUAUGACCAGCAAUCCGCUCACCGUUGCGUGGCCGUCAAAAGCUGCAACUGGGGAGCCGGUUACUGUCAGCAAUCGAUACUCCUCCGUCCCCGCGGCCUACACCGGGGCAAUUCAUACGUACCUCCCGAUCAGUCCGUCCACCACCAACAGCACUCACUGGACCGUGACGGCGAGGUGCCAGGGAUGUACUAGAUGGGGCACCACGAACAUUGAGGCAUCGACGAGCGUAACGUUUGCCUACGCAUGCUCAACGGUAGCUCCGAGCACUCCGGCAAGUAACACGAGCAGCUUCAGCGUACACGAGAGC